UCAUGUCAUAUGUAUGUGGGUUUCUGUGAAUUGUUUUACAGCAUCCUUCAUUUACCCGAUGAUAGAAAGAUUCGAGAAAGAUAAAUAUCCCAUAUUUUAUAUGAUGUUUUAUCAUUUCAUCAGGAGAGUAUAAUUGCGAAUAAUAAAGAUAUAAUGGAUAUUGAUAACGCUGUCGCCAAAGCGGAAAGUAAUGUAAUGCCCGUUCCAAAAAUAAAACAUGAUUGGUAUCAAACGGAGACACACGUUAUCGUGACAAUACUCGGAAAGAAUACGGAAAAUGUGAAAGUUGUAUACGAAGAAAAUACAUUAAGCGUAUCCGCAAAGUUGCCAUCUGGUAACGAAUAUAGUUUAGAAUUAGAUUUGGCUCAUCCGAUAGUUGCUGAACAAUGUACACACAAAGUAUGGCCAUCUAAGAUAGAAAUUAAACUGAAAAAACAGGAUGAUUUUAGAUGGACAGUAUUAGAAGGAAAUCCUGAACAGAAGAAAGUAAAACCUAUACCAAAUGAAAUACUUCAAGCUAGCCAACAAACUUCUAAAUACCCAAGUUCCUGUAAAGUAUACAGAGAUUGGGAUAAAGUAGGAAAGGAAAUAGAAAAACAAGAGGCAGCAGAACAACCAGAGGGUGAAGCAGCUAUAAAUCUUCUUUUCCAACAAAUAUAUGGUAAAGGAUCUGAUGAAGUAAGACGUGCGAUGAACAAGUCCUUUUUAGAAUCUGGUGGCACUGUUUUGAGUACUAAUUGGGAAGAGGUAGGACAUGGAACAGUCGAGAGAAAACCACCAGAUGGAAUGGAAUGGAAAUCUUGGGACUCAUAAUUCGUGUCAUAAUUUAUACAUUUUUAAACAUCAGUUUUUCAGUGUUUCUCGUGUGCAAUUUCAUUCAACUUAUGAUAUUCAGUAUAAGUAAUAUUUUUUUGAAUAAUAUUUCUUUUUCUAUA